CUUUCAUACAUUUCUAUUCUCUAUUUUAAUCAUUUUACAUUUGGUCACGCGAUUACCAGGAGUUUUGAUGCUAGAAGGGAAUGUAAUAUCCGCAAAUAUUCAUAUCUUCUUCCUGUGGAGGUUAUUGGAGUUAAAGACAAUUUUACUGCUAGUGAAGUGGAUAGUCAUAUAUCUGAUUUCAAUGAUAUAUUGAAUACUUUUGAGGGAGAACAUCCAUUCCACAAUUAUACUAUUCGAUCUAAAUACAGAAAACGACUUCCUUCCAGCAGCCCUUCUCGAAAUGGUCAUUUAAAGAGAGCAGGGUCAUCCAUUGUGGGAACUGGAUCUGAGUCAGAGGAAAGUGAUGAAGAAGAUAUUCAUGGGGCUAAUGGAGCUUUAGAAACAGAUUUUGGGGAAAGUACACAUGAUUCUAUUUUGCCCAACCCUGAUGGAACUAGUGGGGAAAACAGGAACUAUUUGAAGGGACAGAAUUCUAAUUUACCAGUGCUUGCUCGUUGGUUGCAUGAACCUGAUGAGAAGGAUAGACUUAGUGCUUCGCAUUUCAGAAAAAUCUUUCAGUGUUGUUGUGGAAAAUUGGAACAGUUAUCUGGUCUGAAUUAUGUAGAGAUAUCCAUCUGUGGGGAGUCAUUCAUGUUGCAUCGUAAGUUUUUUACAAUUUCAUCAANACUUGCUCCAUCCGAAGUUCUGAUUUUGAGGGGGAACGCUUUUGCCAUGAGAAACCGACCUGGCACAAGGCCCGAAAUGUUGACGUUGGUUGAAUCAGAAGAAAUCCUCGAAUCAGUUGAUGAUUUCUUUUUUUCUGUAAUGCGGCCUCAGUUGUCCAAGUUUUUAGACCCUUUAAAGUCUCCUUGGAAGGACUGGGUAGAAAUAUUGGAUGCUAACACAAACAUUCCGGAAUCCCAAUUGGAAGAAGUUCGGAUUGGUUGGAAGUUGUGGAAAGAAGAGCUAGAGAGUCGAAAAAAGGUGGCAGCAUAAUUGUCGUGAGAGAAGUACAUUAGUUGGAAGCACCAAGGUAGGAGAAUUGAAGUGGCAUCAUAAGGAGCAGCACCAGUUAGAAACUGGGAGGUGAUUCUUUUCAGUGAUUUUUUGUAACGUUGUCCAGGAAGUUCUGGGGUUUCAUCAAGCUUCCGAAAAUCAGAAAGGCUCCAAGUCUCACUCUUCCGUAAUGAAGUUCUGAACGUGUGAAUGUUUUAUUGAUUCGGACACUAGUUGAUCUGCCAUCAUCUGUUAUAGCUCAAACGUUAAAAAUCACAGAAUCGAGCAGAAAUUCACAUCCUUUUCUUUGUUU